CAACAAACAGCACAUUGAUUUACAUGAAAUUCGCACAGAAAGGGAUACAAAGACCUGCUCCUUGACGCAUUAACAAAACUCGGCUCUCUCCUUGUCUCUGUCAUUGCCGUAUCUGUCGCCUGAACUCUAUUUACUUCGGCCUUUAUAUUAUUGCUUAUCUUUUCUCUGUCUACUCUCUUUCAAAUCUCUCCUUUAGCCACUACCUUCAAUUUCUUUCUAACUUGUGUUUCGUCCGCUGACCCACUCAUUUGCUCUGCUUACUAUGAGAAUGCCCACUUUUGUUUUCAGCUGUGAGGUGAUUGAAAGAUUAGAAAAUUGAAAGUUAGAUUAAAAAGAAGAGUUUUUUGGACAGUUUUGAUUAUGGAAAACCUUCAAACCCCAGAAACCCUAGAAACUCAAAAUCCCAAUUAUGAAACCCUAGAAGGAGCUCAAGGGUCUUCUGGGUUAUUUGAUUCUAUGCAGAAGUGUUCUGGGUUGGUUCCUGCUGAAGAAAAUGGUAAAGAGGUUUAUAUAAAUAAUGGCGGUAACAAUGCUUGUCAUGUGGAAGUUGCUGAAAAGGUUAAUAACAGUGGAGGAGAGAAUGGGGCUGAAGACAAUAGUAUUUCUGUUGCUGAGGUUCAAGAAAUUAGUGUUAAUAUUGCUGGGUAUAAAGAGAAUAGUAUGCAUGUUGCUUUAGUUCAAGAGAUUAGUGAUAAUGUUAAAGAGAAUGGUGUUAGUGUUGCCAGGUUUCAAGAGAUCAGUGUUAGUGCUGCUGGGGUUGAAUCGAAUAGAGUGACUGUUGCUGGGGUUGAAGAGAGUAGUGUCAGUGUUGCAGGUGUUGAAGAGAAUAGUGUGAGUGCUGUUGGGGUUGAAGAGCAUUGUGUUAGUGUUGCUGUGUUUGAAGUGACUAAUAAUAGUCUUGCUGGGGUUCAAGAGAUAAGUUCUAUUGCUGCUGGCGAUGAAGAGAAUAGAGAUAAUGCUGCUGGAGUUGAAGAUAAUAGUGUUAUUGUUUCUGGGUGUGAUGAGAUUAGUCUUGGUGUUGCUGGGUGUGAAGAGAUUAGUGUCAGUGCUGCUAAGGUUGAAGAGGACAGUGUUUGUGUUGCUGAGGUUGACAAAUACUGUUUGUCGAGUGAUGGUAUUGUAAAGGAGAAUGAAGAUAAAGUAGAUUCUGUGGAGGCACUAUCGGUUGGUAAGUUAGGUUUGGCUGAGGAUGGGAGUGAGGAAAUUGUGGUUGAGAAGAUUGUGAAAGGUAAAGAAUUGAAUGAAGCUGGUUCAGUUAAAAAGAUUGAAGUUUCUGGAGACAACAUAUCACUUUUUGUAGAUUUUUCUGGUUCUCUGAGCAGAUCUAAUAAAAAAAAUCUUAAUGGAGCAACUGUUACUGGAUCAAUGCUGAGUGAGGAGUUAAAAGAAACCAGGGAAGAGGAAAAGGAAGUAGUAAUUGAUAAUCAAGAGAGCAAGUUUUCUGUUGGUGAUGUCAUCUGGGUUAAAACCAAAAAUCAGACUUGGUGGCCUGGAAAGAUAUGUGACCCUUUUGAUGCAUCAACUUCUGCAGUGAAAACUGACCAGGUGGACUGCCUGCUGGUAAGGUAUUUUGGAAGUGGGCAUGUUGCUUGGUGCCAUCCAUCUCAGCUGAAGUCUUUCUAUGAGAACUUUGAACAGCUGUUUGGGAAAAGUAAGGCUAGAUGCUUUGUUGUUGCAGUAGAAAAGGCAGUAGAUGAGUUCGGUAAACGACUGAAAUCAAAGAUGACUUGUUCUUGUAUUACAAAAGAAAGUCAUCAACUGUCUGUCAAUAGUGUAAGUACAGAGGGAGCUUCCAUCUCUAAGCAUAAUUCUGCUGAAUUUGGCAAGUUUUCGGUCAAUGAUUUGGAACCUGCCAAUUUUCUAGCACAACUCAAAAAUCUUGCUCUGGGCUUUCCCAUGCCUGGCAUGCUUGAGCGUAGUGCUACACAAAAUCGUUUGUCUGCCUUUCAUCUUUCUAUUGGACAUAGCCAAGUGCCUAUGGAUCAACUACUGGGAAUUGAUGUUCAAUAUAGUGAUGAUGACAAACUCGUAACUGGAAGCAAUGACAACAUUUUACAGCGGAAGAAGAAUGAAGCUCAGGGCAUGAUAUUGGGAGGGGACCUGGGUAAUGUUACCGAGGAGGUAAGUACACCUGGAAAAAUGGCAUCAAAUUUCAGAAAGAGAAAGAGAAAGAGAAAGAAGGAUUCUGAAGCUAGAAAUGACAUUGAUGCUAGUGCAUUGGAUUCCUUAUCUAAACAAAAGGAGGGAAGCCUAAUGGGAUCUCCAACAAUUGCAGAACUCCACACUUUGAGUGUGGGAAAUGGAUAUGAUUGGAGUGAGGGGAAAAGUAAAAGGGAAUUUGAAUUGAGAGAACGGAAGAAGAGCAAGUAUCUAUCAUAUCCUUAUGUAAACUGGGAAGACAAAAGCCUGCCAUGUGAAACAGAAUACCUUAAGGCGCAGAGAGUCACUCAUGAUGGAAUGGAGGAGGAAACAGGUGGAGGUUUCCUUGCAGUUUCCCCUGCAGCUGUUAAAUCCGGUGGUAAGAGGUUCCAGAAAAUAUGGUUCAAAAAAUUCAUAAGCGGAAGUGAUUUAUCUGCAAAUCCAGAGCUGAUUAAUGCAUCUUCAGCAGAAUUACUGUCUGAACUCUGUUGUACAGCUGUAGACUGCCUUUAUCCAAAUAAAAACAAGAACUUUGAUUUAAUUGAGUGGUUCUUUUCUAGAUUCAGAAUAUCAGCAUAUCAUGAUGAAUCCAUUUAUGAGAUGUGCUGCAAGAAUAUGGUUGGCCUGAAGCAAAAAGAUGCUAAAUCUGAUAUGAAUGAAAUCCUUGAUACAUCUCUUAGCAAAGUCCCACUGGAAAAAAGUGAGCUUCUACUGAAUACUGAUCCUCAGUACAAGGUGCAAAAGAGAAAGAAAAAUACUAACCCAGAAAAAUCGAUGAUUAAAUCUCCUUCUGGCCUAUCAGAUGCAAAUAUGAAUAUUGAUGCUAGCAGCUCACCAGCAAAAAAUUCCCAGAGUACAGGCACUCACAAUCUGCCAACUGGACAAACUACUUGCAUACCUGAUUUGAAUGAUAAUGGUGCUACACCCAUGGUAUUGGCAGAAACUGCCCAGGUUAUUGGCCAUGUGGCCUCUGAGAAAAAGAAGAGAAAGAAGAAACGAGGAGCUGCUGCAUGUGGUUCAGAGACUAAAGUUAGUGCCAGCUUACAAGAUCUAAAUGGAAACAUUGCUAAAUUUGGCUCAUUGGUGGUAGACUUGCAGGUGAAGGGCCCAUACUCGAUCAAUUCUAUCCCUGAACAAAGAAAUGGAGAUUCUCCUAUACCGGGCUUGUUGAUCAAAGAUUCACAGGGAGUUGGCCUGCUCUCUAUCGAAGGUAAGCCCAGACAGAAAAGGAGGAGGAGGAAGAAAGCAAAUGCAGCAUCAGAACAUCAGGAGACUAUAACUACUUCCAAAAUACCAGAUUUAAAUGGAACUAGUGCCGAGCCCUGUGCAUCCCCUCAAGGAAAACCUGAGAAGAAGAGGAGGAGAAAAGGGGAAGCUAGUGCAAGGCAGCUGAGUAGAAGAUUUGCUUCCAGGACAUUGAAUAUGAAUGGAAAUAAGAACAGAGAAUGUUUAGGGACUGCUCUUGUCCUGACGUUUGCUCCAGGAAUUUCCAUGCCUACUAAAGAGGUUUUAGUCACAACAUUUUGCAGGUUUGGGCCCUUGAAGGAAUCAGAAACACAGUUGUUGACGGAUACUAAUAUUGCCCACGUUGUUUUCAUCAGGAGUGCGGAUGCUGGAGAUGCUGUUCUAAGUUUAGAGAAGAGCAACCCUUUCGGUUCAGCCCUACUCAAUUAUCAGCUCCUGUCCAAGCCUUCAGAGUCAGUUACUCAGCCAGCUGAGGCACCUCCGCUUGACUUCAUAAGGCAGAAUCUUGAGAUGAUGACAUCAAUGCUAGCAGACUCAGGAGAUAAUCUUUCUCCAGAGAUGAAAGCCAAAUUGGAGAAUGAGAUUAAGGGCCUCCUGAGAAAGGUCAGCUCCAUGCCUAGCUCCUCUUCCUAAUUGAAGUUGUAAGAUAUAAAACAUUAAUUUGGUUGUUUAUUUAUGUAGUGACCCUAGAUUGUUAUGCUUCCUUCUUAUGUCUUCUGUAUCGGCUGUUGCUUUAUAUGUAUUUUCUCUUACUGUGAUGUUGCCAGCACCAAGAACUGUUUAAUCUCUAUUAAACUGAAGUGCACAAGCAUGGAAGCUACAAUCAAUUGGACCAAUUGGGUCUUCUGUCUUAA